AUGACGAUUCCGGGCGUCCCAACUUGGAGGGCAGCAAGCGUCUUUUCUUUACUAUUCUCCGGAAUCAUGCUUGGGAUCAUCACUGAACAGGUGUCCUCUUACGGGGCGCGUUAUCCCAAAGAUACCCGAUUGCUCAAGUUUUGGGUUUACUCGCUCUGGAUUCUGUCGGUGGCCGGCACUGGGUUGGACGCCUUCGUUGCUUGGACAAUUGAUGACAGCAUUCAGACGUAUCUGACAGCCCUCGUUGCAUGGUCGGCCGCCACACAAGGAACGCUCGCAUCAUUAUCCACACUUAUGGUGGAACUUUUCUUCGUGCGUACGGUAUGGAGAGUCCGCAGGCAGCUAUACCCGUCUUCACGCUGGACAAAACCAAUCUGCACAGUGCUCUUCUCCUUGAGCAUCGCAUCAUUCACGACUACGAUUACCAGCUUAGGCUUGAUCGAUCUCAACAGCGAUUCCCUCGCAAAGACUCUCCUUCUCGUGAAACUUUUCUUGGAUCUGGUUCUCGACUGUGGCAUCACGAUCUGCCUUGUAUGGAUGAUCCAUGCGAACAGGAGCGACUUCCCUAGCUAUAAACUUCGGAGGGAUAACUUCAUUCGUGACCUCGUCGUCUGGAUCACGUCACGCGGUGUGGUGCUCGUUAUAUGCGAGAUGCUCGCGGUCAUUAUGGCGUUCAAGCUCUUUCUUUCCGCGAGCCUGAUCAUCGUCACCUCAUGCAUACCUAAGGUAUACGUAUGGACACUGCUUGUGGCGGUGAUGAACCGGCAAUCCUACCAGUCCUAUCGAUCCUCUUCUGGAGGACCAGAUGUUCGACAACUUACCGCACCUCAACUCUCUUCGGUCAUCAUCCCCGAUCUUGAGGCAUGCUCCAGCCCUGGGCCAGAAACUAUGGUAUCGCACAGCACGCCGUCAAAUCAUCUGGAGGUGCGGGGUGUACUAGGUCUUACACCAAGUUUGACAGAUACCUCUUCGUCUCUUUACUAUGGAGGUGCCAGUGCUCCUUCUGAUCAUGCAUAA